GUGUGAGUUUAUAGUCAUAAUUUAAGAUACAAAUAGAUCAUUUGCUUUAAAUAUGUGUGCAUAUCACUUAUAUAUAGUGGUUGGAUUUAUUUGACCUGAAAUGGUUAAAAAUGAAACGUAAAUUGCUAUACCUUGAAACCAUUGUCAGCAAUGGAGUACACUUACGAGAGGACUCUGCUUCGCAAUCUACAAGAAUUAGCUAGGGAGAAGAUAUUAACUGACGUCACGUUUCAACUUGGAGACGUCAACAUCGACUGUCACAGGAACGUUAUGGCCGCUGCAAGCCCGUAUUUCCGGGCAAUGUUUACCAACGCAGUGAUAGAGCGAGAUGAAAAGGUCGUCAAAAUACCAAAUAUAGAGCCUGAUAUCUUCAUAGACCUGAUUGGUUACAUUUACACGGGUGAGCUUAAACUGACCAAUGAAAAUGCUCAAGACAUGCUGGUAGUCGGAAACAUGUUUGAAAUACCUCACUUGAUUGGACAAUGCGCUGAUCACAUGGCGCAAGAGUUAAGCGUAUCGAAUUGUGUGGAAAUUUUCGUAUUUGCAACACAUUACUCGUGUUUGGAUUUAAAGGAAUAUACGAAACAAUUUAUUAUAGAGCAUUUUUCAGAGGUGCUUUCGUCUUGUGAAAAUAUACAAGACAUUUCAAUUUCUGAUUUCGAAGAAAUAAUUGCUAGCGACAACUUGAGCGUUGACACAGAAAACCUCGUUUUUGAUGCUAUCUUGAAGUUUUGCCAGGCUGAACGAAAUCGAUCGUAUAUUUAUAAUUUGUUUAAACACCUGCGUCUGGCUUUAAUAAACGAAGAAUAUUUAAAAUUUUCUAUUGAAAACCAUCCAUACGUCAUAAAUGAUCAUAAUUGCUGUGCACUUUUGAGAGAGUAUGGUCGAUACGUGGAAAGGAAAGUGGGUGAACAUUUUGACAGUUCAAAAUAUUUUCAUAUAAAUACAAAAUUUCGCCAUGGCAUGUUUAAUAGACCAAUGCUUGUGUUUUCUAGUGGCGCCGACUCAUUCGAUAAUCGAUCUUUGACCGCUUUUGACCCAGUCUCUUUUAAGAAUUAUACGGGAAUCGUGCCCCAUGCAACGUUUGAUUUUAAGUUUAAGAUAAGUUAUUACCAACUUGUAACUGUGGCAAACAGUGACGUUUAUUUCAUUGGUGGAAUUUUUUAUGACAACUAUCAUUUAGAAGACUCUGGUCAAGCACUGAAUGACGUUUUCUGGUACGAUAUCAAGUCAGUUCGUUGGGAGAGAAAAAGUUCCAUGAAAACCAGACGAUGCUGUUUUUCGACUACAGUUAUAAAUGAAAACAUUUUUGCAAUUGGUGGCAAACCGACGUUUCCUCGAGGUACUCCCACGACAUCGGUCGAAAUGUACAACUCUUCUUCGGACACGUGGAUAAACAUGACGCAACUUCCGGUUCCGUUGUAUGCGCACGCGUCGUCCGCUACAAAAGAUGCUAUUUUUGUUUUCGGUGGAAAAGACGAUGAUGAUGACUACUUGGAUACUGUUUUCCGUUAUGACAUUUUGCGCGAUGCUUGGUUUCUGAUUGCCACUCAAAUGCCAAAACCACGGGCAUUCCCUUCGGCUUUCACAUUUAAAGCUAAACUCUACGUUGUAGGCGGGAUUUCGUUGCAUGAAAACAUACUCAGCGUCAACAUAUAUGAUCCGGACAAAAACAAGUGGAGUUUCGGACAAGACUUUCCGGAAGAAAGGAAGAUCACUGCGGCGGGAUAUUACGAUGGAGCUAUAUUUGUAUGCGGAGGCGUUCGACAAAUGAGUGUGAUUGGGCGACGUAGUCGCCAGAUAGAAUCACGUGACCUGUACAAAUUUGAUAUCCAAAGCAACACGUGGACAAAAGUUGUGAAGCUUGUUCAAUACGGAAACACUAAUAACAUUUCCUUCGCAUUUUUGAAUGUCAGACAUUUGACAGAAAGCGAAUUCGUGAGCACAGCAUAGGUUUACAUGAAUACAUUGAAUAGAGAUGUGACAUAUCUGUCCAUAUUAUUUCUUUUAGUGAGGUUGCCGUUUUGUAUAAUAAAACAUACAAUGAUAUUGAACAUUCUGGCACAUUUGAUAUUCCGUUUAUUAGUAUAAUAUUUGUAUACUACUGCUUAUCAUAACUUAUUUAUAAUGGACGUCAAUAAAGGUUUUUAAGUUAGUUUAUUAAACAAUCAUCUUUAUUGUGUGCAUAUUAUUUAAGAUACACAAUGUAUUCUUAGAAACAGUGUCGAUGUCGUGUUGUCUAAUAACUUUGCAACGAGAUUUAAAUGGUGAUGCAUAAAGCCACUCUGACAUAGUCGGAACCCACGGUG